AUGCUCACGCGUUUCGAAGUCGUCGGGGGGAACGCCACGAUCCAUGGACAACACCUCUGCAUCUCAUCCGACGGGAAAAUCCACAUAGCAGCUCCCUCUAAAGCAGAUGAUGACAAGAUCGCUCUUGCCAAGCCUAUCGGAUCGAGUCCAGGCGUACUCGCCGUCGUCUCAACCACCGCUUCUGGACAAGAACACUCCACUACUAGUACAAAUCUCUUCUACUGCCUAGAAGGGUCCUCUGGCAAAGGGAGCUACCGUCUAAGCGCUCGGUCAGAUGAUUCGACUUUCGGCAUGGGCUGGCAAGUGAAGAGGGAUGGCUGGGAGGUAGUUGAUGACGAAGGCAUGACGGGGAGACAUCUGCUGAGAUGGAACGAGAAAGUGCGGGCAAAUAGUUGGCUUGCUGUCAAGGCAAGUGAUGUUGAAGGAGAAGCGGGGAGGUGGGAAGUGUGGCUGAUCGCGCCUAAUGCGGCGAAUAUGGAUGACUUUGAGGAGUAUAAGUUGAUUGAUAUUGUGGCUGUGGAAGUUGAUGGUGCGGGGAGGGAUGUGGAAUAG